UUUAAAAAAUAUAUUUUUUUUUUUCGCCACAACAAAAAAGAACGGGAAAAAUAGCGUACUGCGCCGAUGUGUGCGCAAUGAUAUGAGAUCAAAGUCGCCAUAUUGGUAACUGUCUAAAUCAGAAAUUUAAAGUCAAGUUUAAGUGUUGAAGAGUGUGAGUUAUUGACGAAGAUGUCAGUGCUAAAUCAAAGUGGUGAAGAGCAGGUGGAGUGUCCCCUUUGUAUGGAACCGUUAGAAGUGGACGAUUUAAAUUUCUUUCCGUGCACUUGUGGUUAUCAGAUUUGCCGUUUCUGUUGGCAUCGAAUCCGGCUAGACGAGAACGGAGGUUUGUGCCCGGCGUGCCGGAAGGCGUACUCUGAAAAUCCUGCUGAUUUUAUUCCAUUGUCUCGCGAGCAGGUGGCAAAGUUGAAGGCUGAGAAGAGACAGCGCGAUCAGCAGCGUAAAGCCAAAUUAACCGAGAGCAGGAAACAUUUGGCUAGUGUCAGAGUAGUUCAAAGGAAUUUGGUAUUUGUUGUUGGGUUGCCACCGAGACUUGCAGAUGCCGAAAUCCUAAAACGCCACGAGUAUUUUGGGAAAUUUGGGAAGAUUCACAAGGUGGUUAUAAACCAGUCAACAUCGUACGCGGGGUCCCAAGGACCUAGUGCAAGUGCCUACGUAACCUAUAUGAAGAGUGAUGACGCAUUAAGGGCUAUAGAGGCGGUCAACAAUGUUACAAUAGACAAUAGAAUAAUAAAAUCUAGCCUAGGGACAACGAAGUAUUGUUCUCAUUUCAUGAAGAACCAGUCUUGUCCCAAACCGGACUGCAUGUAUCUUCAUGAAUAUGGUGAUCCAGAUGCUAGUUUCACUAAAGAACAAAUGCAUGCAGGUAAACAUCAGGAAUAUGAGAAGAAGCUCCACGAUGAGCUUCUGGCAAGAACUAAGUCACAAAAUGGAUCGGUUAGUAGUAUAGAGAGUAAAGGACAAAAUAGUAAAGCUAUUAAAGAAUCUUCAGGAGCAUCCAAUACGUCUAGUACAUUGAAUAGUAAAGAUAAUAGUGGUACGAAUAAAGAAUCUUGGCCGCAAUUAGAUAAAGAUAAAAAGCAAGAAAAGGAAAAAGGCAGGAAGGCGAAAACGAAAAAUGCCUCUGCAGAAUCUAAAAAUAGGGACAAGAGUAAUGGUAAUAACACUUCGAAAAGUAAUGGAAAUGAGAGCAAAAUUGUACAAGAUAAAAUUAACACAAAUCCCGUUAGUCAUAGUAAUAGUAAAAUAGAAGCGAAAGAAUCGGAUUCAGAUUCUUCGUUGCAAAUUUCCGAAAACUCAAGCCCGUCACCUUCGCCCUCUAGUACCCAAACUCCGCCACUGGAAACCAGCACGCCCCCUACAAUUAUAGAAAAUAAUACGGUUAAUUAUAGUUCUUCGGUACCUACGACAGGAACGCAAUUCGCAAAUUCCUCGCUUUCGUCGAAGCUGUCUAGUAGUUUGAUUGGUGAUCAUCUGGAGGACAACUCGUACUUUAGUUCGAGCGGUUUCAGUAAAUUACAGAACGCUCUCGAUAACCUAACGGAUAGGAAAAAUAAAGAUGAACUAAAAAUAGGCGAGGUCGAAGGAUCGAGAGUUUUAGGGGAGAUGUUACAGGAUGAUCAAAAUCACCAGGUAUUAACUGACACAUUACCAGCAAUCAGUACCACAGAAGACUGGGCAGCUGCUUUCGGUUUCGCAGAUCAGCAACUAAGGGAACACGAUUUGCUCCAGCAAAAAUCGCCGCAAAGAGACGUCAGUAAUUUAUCUGGUUUCUCUAGUUAUGGACCGUUAGGCAACCACCAAGACGAUAGUUUUACUAAAGGAGUGGACAAUUUUUCUGGAUUCUACGAACUGUCAAAGCUUCAGGAGAAUUUGAUGGACGCAUUAGCAAACAAAACAAAUGGAUAUAGUGUUAGACCGCAUGAAAGUAAUACGCCCCAUCCUAACUAUAUUUCGAAUGGAUUAGAUCAUAACAUGUCAAAAUUCUUCAGUGACUUCCACAAGUAUAAUAGCAAGGAGCCUCCUAGUCCAUCUCCCUUCCAAAACGGUAUAAACGGAAUACACAACCCCUACCACAUAUUACCACAGAAACAAUUAGAAGAACAGUUAAUGAAUCUCGGCAUCAAACAGAAUAGUUUUAUUGGACCACAAACGACAAAUUAUCAAAAUGGAGUCCCUACACCAUCGUAUUCUAACGGAGACAGUGCUGUACUAAAUGCUGGCGUAAAUCCUUUACAUAAUUUAUAUCAAAAACAACAGUUAAUUUCGCAACAAUCUCAGAAUUCCAGAAACUCAGAGGCAGAACUAGACUUCGAUCCUUUCCAAGAAACACAGAAGGCUUUGGCUGAAAUGAUGGCGAAUGAACAAAAUCACAAAACAUCUACCAGUGGUCGAACUAAUACACAACAAAUGAAUGGUUAUGUUCAAAAUAAUCAAAAUGGCAACCACAUACCUCCACCUCCCCCUGGAUUUUUACAACAGCAACAACAGACGCAUAUGAACUCAUUUGGAAGCAAAAUUUUACCAUUUUUAAAUAUGUCAAAUAGUCAACAACAACAACAACAAAUAAACAAUUUGCCAAAUGGUUGGUCUAGUAAUUUUAAUACACAAGUUCAACAACAAAAAAAUAUAUCAAAUACAGAUUGGAAGGUACUAGACCCGGCAAUCCUAUCUUCCAGUCGCAACAGUUAUCAAUUAGCUCAAAUGCCACCACCUCCAGUGAGAGAUCCUUACAACAACCCUGCCAUGUUAGGAACCCAACAAAUUGCACAAAACGGCUUGAUGAGAACGGCCUUCGACUACCAGCAACAGUCACAACACAACAACAGUCCCUUUUCCACAUUUACGCAACAGAUACAGCCGAAUUACAAUACAUACACACACAUAAAUACACAACAAAAUUUGAGUUGGUUCACAAACGACUUGAACUCACAGAUAUCGAGCCCACCCGGUUUCAGGAGUAGUCAGGCAACCAAACAACAAGAAUGCUAGGUUUUCGUUAGCUUUAUGGAUCACCAUGUAUAUGUUUAAAUUAGUUAAUAUUAAAAAAAGUUUCGUUUGAGACGGAAAUUUAUAAUGAAGAAGGUUUUAGAAUUAUCUUUAGAGCAAUCUUGAUUAUAAAUUUUUGACUAAUGUAUAUGUAAAAGCGUCUUUGUGCAAUAUGAUUUUAUUAUAAUAAUCAACAUGAUGUUUCUGGAUUUAAAAAAAAAUCUACUUAAGAACUAAUUAGAUUUUUCUAUAGUACUAUCGGUAUGGUCGAUCCAUAGGGAAGCUAAGAGGAGUAUAUUUAUUGUUUGUCGCCGCCAGGUACGUCUUUCUACUCUGUAAGAAAAGGAAAUUCAUAGCGGGUGCUUGGUCACGAGAAAUUUAACUAAUAUUCUAUCCAUUUCAGUAUAUUGAAAAUAAAACAGCUAAUGUAAUACAUAAAAA